ACCAAAAAAAAAAAAAAAAAAAAACCUAAAAACCCAAAGAUUUUAAAAUAGAUUUGCAAAAACCACCUUCUCUUCUCAGUCUUAAGAAAAAAACCCAAUCCAGAAACCCAUCGAUUUGGUGCGAUCGAAGGGAAUCUAUGUCAGUGAGGAGUCUGAAAAGCAAAGGAAAAUCAAAACUUCUUGUUUCAGAUUAGUUCGUAAAAGUAUUUGAUCAAAGGGGACCAUUGUCGAGGAAAAAUGGCAUGAUUAAGGGCACAAAAAGGACAAAAAAGUUUGUAAUGGGGGACCCAAGUGGAGAUAGGUUGAAUUCAUUUAUGAUUACUGACUAUGUUGUUAGACAAGGUUAUGAUCGAGUUUCAAUUAAAGACAUUUACUAUAUGCAACCUUGGAUGGAUAUGCCAGAUGGAUUAGUUUCUUAUAAUUCAGACAGUGCAAUUAGGGAGAUGAAUGAUAUAAUUUCAUAUGCUAGCAAUGUGGAGUUGUAUGUAGACCAUGACAUCAAUAUACUUGAGAUUGUUGAGAGUCCACUAUUGCUCACAGGGGAUGUUUCCAAAGAUGAGGGUGACAAUAGUGGUAAUGAUGUUUCUGUGCAUGGGGAUGAGGAUGAUAGUGCAUGGUCAUUGAGGAGUGACAAAACUGAUGAUGAGCAAGUCAGUAUUGCUAAGUUGGCUCAGGAGGUUAGGAAGAGAAGGAGAAAUGCCACAAGAAGUAGUAGAAAGAAGUCUAAGGCAGUUGUGCAAACUGCAACUAGGAAUGAGCAAGAAGAUGAUCAUGUUGAAGAACCUGUAGUAACUCAAGAGCAACCAUUUAUCCAGCAACAACAGCAACCUGCAGUCACAGAUGAUCAAGCUACUGUCCAAGAAGCUAUUGUGACAGAUGCUGCUGGUAUAGAAGAAACUGCAACAUGCAGUAGAAGUAGAAAAAGGAAAUAUGUUACUCAGCAUAAAGUCAGACGAGGUGGUGGGAAUAUGGUGAGAAAAGGUGAUCCAAUUGACAACACGCAGCAACUGCCCGUCAGUGAUGGCAGUGGUUCCUCUACAGAUGAAGAAGACAAGGAGUCUGAUUAUGCAGACAGUGAUUAUCCUGGUGCUUGGGAAUUUCAUUGGAAUUCAGAUGAUGAGGAUGACAUCUUUGUGCAACCAGAUCAUGUUGUUAGCAGAAAUGUCUGUCAAACCUACUAUAAUCCAAAAUGGAAGGUCCCAUAUUUUGAUAUUGGGAUGAGGUUCAAAGAUGCAAAGCAAUUCAAAAUGGCAGUUUGUAAAUACUCCAUACAAAAAACAUACUAUGGGGAGCAUAGAUGCUUCAAAUCUUAUGACAAUGAGCUUGUAACUUACAAGGUUGGAGCAGAUCUUUUUAAAGGAAGGAUUUAUGAAGCACCAUUUACAAAGCCAGCCAAGAUUGUUAAGUGGUGCAAGACUGAAAUUAAAGUGAACAUCACACUUGACAAGGCAGAAAAGGCAAAGAAGCAUGUUAUGACACAACUAGAGGGUAGCUAUGUUGAUGAAUACAAAUACUUGAAGAGCUACGCCAAAAUAUUGAGGGAUAGCCAUCCAGAGAAUACUGUUGUUGUCACUGCCAUUGAAACAAGUUUUAGUGAUACUAGAACUUUCCAUAGAAUGUAUGUUUGUCUGCAUUCCCUAAAGCAAGGUUGGAAGGAUGGGUGCAGAAGGUUCUUUGGUGUUGAUGGCUGUUUCUUGAAGGGAAUAUGUAAGGGAAUUCUGCUAUCUGUAGUUGGGAAGGAUGGGAACCACCAGAUGUUUCCAAUUGCCUGGGCAGUAGUGGAGUCUGAAUGUCUUGAGUCAUGGCACUGUGCAAGGCAUAUUUAUUGCAAUUGGGCAAAGUUGGGUCAUAGAGGUGAUGAGAUGAAGAUUUGCUUCUGGAAUUAUGCAAAGGCAACAUUUCAAGAUGAUUUCAUUGAUAAGUUAGGUGAUUUGUUUGCAAAGAAUAGGCAAGGACAUGAUGACUUGUUAGGGUACCCUAGAGAGCAUUGGUGCAAAGCAUUUAUCCAGGAUAAUUGUAAAUGUGAUUCAAUUGACAACAACAUUUCUGAAACUUUCAACUCUUGGAUACUAGGGGCAAGAUACUGGCAACUCUCGGGGGUUCCUUGCCCUCAUGCUUUGGCUUGCAUAAGGUACAAAAGGUGGAGAGUAGAGCACUGCAUUUCAAAUUUCUAUAAGAAAGAAAAAUAUUUGGCUGCCUAUGCAUACCCUCUUCAAUGCAUAAGGAAAGGGACAAAAGCAUGGAAAGCUAUGGGUGAAGAAGAGUUGUUACCACCACCUGUUAGGAGCAUGCCAGGGAGGCCGAGGAGAAAGAGAAGAAGACAUAAAAGUGAACCACAAAAGAUGAAGAAAGGGAAGCUUAGGAAGCUCACUGGAAAAGGGAGAAAAAUGACAUGCAAGGUGUGUGGCAAUGAAGGGCACAAUGGAAGAACAUGCCCAUAUAACAAUGAAGAAGGUAGAAAUGAGAGUGCAAGUGCAAGAGUGAAAAUCACUGUAAGUAUGAUUACUUUUGGUUGGUAAAAAGAUAUGCUUUUUUUUUUUUUGAUAAUUUAGUUGGUGAUUGAGGAUAUUUUUCCCUUUGAAACUAUAUUUCUUCCCUAUGAAACUAUAUUUCUUCCCUAUGAAUUUAGUGGAUGCUUGAAGAAACAUGCUUUAAAACU